AGCCGGAGCUAGUCGCUCCUAGUCGGCCCAAAUCGGGCAACUCGCCCCUAGUCGGCCCACCAAAAACCUUAUGAAAUUGACCCAAUUAACAACUUUUAGCCCAUUUUUCUCUUAAAGCCCUACCCCAAUUUCAUUACAUCAUACGAUGUUGCCUGCUUCUCCUCCAGACUCCAAAUCAGCCGCUACAUACCCCUCCUCCGGCGAUCCUACUCCGGCUGCUUCUUCCUCCGUCCAGUCCUCGCUGCCGCAACAUCAGCAGUAUAACGGCUCCUUCCUCCGGUGAUAACCUUCAGACACUUGCUGGGCUUUUUUCGCGACAUGCACCGUUGAAUAUUUGCAUUUCUUAGAAACUGGCAAGUUGUCACUCUCUCGGAGCAGGAGUUACUCGAUUGCGAUCGAACUCACAAUCAUGGUUGUAGACACGGCAGCGUACAUGUUCAUGGUUGAAAAUGGAGGGCUCAAUUCUGAUGCCGACUACCCUUAUAUGGCAAAGGAUGGUGUAUGCGAUAAAAGCAAGGUUGAAAAGGCUUAUAGCAUCAAUGGGUAUGCACAUAUCGAACCAAAUAACGAGAAUUUAAUUAAGGCAGUUGUGUCUCGUUUCCCAGUGACUGCAUACAUCAGAGCCACACAAUCUCAGCUAAUGCAAUAUAACGGUGAAAUCCUGCUAACAAAGGGGUGGGGGGGCAUGCUUGAGCCAUGCUGUUGUUCUUGUUGGCUAUGGCAUCGAAAAUGGUGUCGACUAAUGGUUGGCGAAAAACUCUUUUGGGCCUAAAUGGGGUGAGAAAGGAUUUACAUUUCAUGCAGACACUUGCUGGGCUUUUUCCGCGACAUGCACCAUUGAAUAUUUGCAUUUCUUGGAAACUGGCAAGCUUGUCACUCUCUCGGAACAGGAGUUGGUCGAUUGCGUUCGAACUCACAGUCAUGGUUGUAGACACAGCAGCGUACAUGUUCAUGGUUGAAAAUGGAGGGCUCGAUUCUGACGCCGACUACCAUUGUACAGUUAUACGGCAAAUGAUGGUGUAUGCGAUAAGAGCAAGGUUGAAAAGGCUUUAUAGCAUCGAUGGGUAUGCACAUAUCGAACCAAAUAACGAGAAUUUGCUUAAGGCAGCCGUGUCUCGUUUCCCGGUGACUGCAUACAUCAGAGCCACACAAUCUCAGCUAUGCAAUAUAACGCCGGCAUCCUGCUAACAGGGGGGGGGGCAUACUUGAGCCAUGCUGUUCUUGUUGGCUAUGGCACCGAAAAUGGUGUCGACUACUGGUUGGCGAAAAACUCUUUUGGGCCUAACUGGGUGAGAAAGGAUGUGCGUA